UUCGUUGCUACCAAAACGAACGAAAACGAAACGGAAAACCACUUCGAACUGAAGAAAGCAACCAACUAGUACUACUUAUAACUGUUACUCUGAAAAUAUAUACUGAGCAAAAAACGCCUACACACAAAAAUUGUUGAAAUCUGUGAAAUUUUAACUAUUUGCAAGUGAAAAGUGUAAAAUCGAAAAGUGCAUUCGAAAAAUAGGCGUAAUUUUGUAUAAAGUUUCGAAAAAGUGUAAGUGAAAAAUUUAGCAACAAAAGCGAAAAAUCUGCUAGCUACGUACGAAUAUUUGCCAACUGCCUACGCGCGUACGAAAAUCGAUAGCAAAACGACCAGCAGCCAAGCCAAGCCAGCACAGCACAGCAGCGACCAAAGAGCGGCCAGCCAGCGGUCGCGCGAACAAGAAACCAGCAAGAAAACAACAACAGCAACAACCAGCAAUUGUGUGCACUGCAUUAAAAGGGCAAACGCCAGCAGCAGCAGCAUACAUACAUACAUACAUACACGCGCACGCACACGCACAGUGGGUCGGCGGCACACAGCCACACGCACCGGCAUACGUACAUAUGUACCAUAUGGCAGCUGAAAAAAGCAUAGAAAAACAAGUGUAAUUGCAAUUUUCCACUGGAUUUGCACUUCAGAGCAAUCAAAUAACAAGAUUGCGUGGAACUCUGAACUUAAUAACUCAAUUUGAACUGCGGCUGGCUGUAGCGCGGAAGUGAGUUAACGAGAGGAAGUGUCAGAGCUGUAAGCUGUGAAAAUUACAAAAAGAACAAAAAAAAAAAGAACUUUAAAAUAUGGCUAAGCGUGGUGCAAUUGCGUUGGCGCUGCUCGGUGCAGUGCUGCUCAACAUUUUGGGUCACUGCGAAAUGUCCGUUUACCCAGGGCUUCGUCGCAAACCGAUUCGCCAAUUUCUGCAACAACCUUUUGAUGUAUCAUCCGAUUAUUUGUCCCAACUAAUGGAGGAGAAUGCGCGGCGACGUUUACAACAAACAUUCGAACAACAAUUGGAACGCAUCAAUAUGCAAAUGAAUCGCCAGCGACAGCGCGAAGAGCAACGUGAACGUUUGAGUCAACGUCUGCAGCUGUUGGCCGCUGAGAAUGCGGAAGCGAACGAGGAGGAGAGAGAGGGCGAGAUCGAUGUGGAAUCGACCGAAAUGGAUGAGGACGUUUACGAUGCCAAUCGCAAUCAAUAUAACAGCUACAAAAAUUUCGAGAACAACAACGACAUCAACACUGGCAAUCAAUACGUGGACACGAAUGGUCUCUUUAGCUACAAAUACCCACCGCCCAAUAUGGUGAGCUUAAAUGGCGACGCCGUGGGUGAGCGCAUACCCUUCGCAGUCGGGCCGGCCGAUCCACGUUUUUACGAGCGCGACAGCGACGAAGCGGAGGGGGAAAACAAUAGCGAUGAAUUGGAUUCGCGCGCCUUGGACGACUACCAGGAAUUUGUACCAGCCGAAUCGCAGAAUGUUGGCGCUAAAGUUGCGCCAGGCGCCGCAGUGGCUGCUGUUGAGCCUGAUACCGCAAGCGAAACCGCCGCAACGUCACACGUCGCAACGUCACCUGACGCCGCCGCCGCCGCCGCCAUUCCCGCUGAUGCCAAGUCACCUGUGCUCGCGCCAGCACCUGUUGAAACAACCAAAUUAGUCGACGGCAAUACGGCCACUUUCCAUCGCAUCAAACCGCAGAGCGUUGCUGCGGCAGCGGCGGUCGCAGGCGCAAAUGUCGCAGCGGCAAUGAAGCCCAAUGCACACGAGUCGGCGAGCGACGACAGUAAUCCACGACACGCGCUCAUCGACAAGCUGCAGAAGGAAGGCAAGUCGGUGGUGGCCAUGCACAAUAGUCGCGAGGCGGCAUUGGGCGGCGGUAGUGAUGCCAAUGGUGGUAUGGUGGUGCGUCAACAUUUGGGCGUGGACGGUGAGAUGGGCAUGUAUCUGGUGGCAUUGAUUGCAGGCGUGAGCGCCGCUGUGACAGUGGGUCUGAUAGCGCUCGGCAUCGCUUGGUACACAUUACACCGCAAAUCAAAGGCUGCAGCGGAUGUUGAAUAUCCGGCAUAUGGCGUGACCGGACCGAAUAAGGACAUCUCGCCCUCGGGCGAUCGCAAAUUGGCUCAAAGCGCACAAAUGUACCAUUAUCAGCAUCAGAAACAGCAGAUAAUUGCGAUGGAGAAUCGUCAGGCGGCGGAGGGCAGCUGCGGCAUGUCGGAUGUGGAAAGCGAUGAUGAGGAGAACGAGGAGGGUGAUUACACUGUGUAUGAGUGUCCUGGUCUUGCACCGCCAAUGGGCGAAAUGGAGGUAAAGAAUCCAUUGUUCUUGGAUGAAACGCCAGUUACGCCAUCGAGCAGCAUGACCGCCACUACAACAGCCACCACUUCAACUCCAACCAUUAGCAACAACAUAACACAUGCCACACCACAACAACCACCCACACAACAACUCGGCAAGAAGCCAACCACUUAUAAAGUUGUUGUUGGCGCUGCACCCAAUCCCAAAGCUACCUCAGCAGAGUCUACGUCUUCCGAGGAGAAUAGCAAGAGAAAGAAGAAUAAGAAGUAAGCGCAGAGGACGCAGCGCAAGAAGGAGGAUGAAAUGGAAGAGGUGGAGGAGGUGUAGGUGGAGGUGAAGCAGCAGCAGUAGCAGCAGCCUUUUGUGAUGUCAAAUUGAAAAGUGUAAUGAGAAAGUGAGUGGAUAUGACUAAGAAAUGGGGUCGGGAUAAUUAAUUUAAAUGAAUUUGCUGGUUUAUACACACUUACAAAGCGUAAAAAUUGAAACCACUGACACCAGGCCAAUUAUCACAAUUAACAAUAAAGAAAAAACAGGUUAUUAGAAAAUACAUAGUACUUGUGAUGCAUAAGUAUUUGAGAGCAUACUGAGUGUUGGACUUUAUAAAUAUUUAACUACAUAAUACCAAAAAAAUCCAUCACUGUAAUGUAAAUAAUAGCAUAUUUUCACAUCGAUGCGUAUGGAUGGACUUAAAAACGUUUGUGUUUAGUGUUAAUAAAAGGCGUUGGAAUUAUUAAAAAUAAGUUUUGCGAAAUUUCAAAAUUUACAAUUUUUAGAAAUUUCAUUUUAAAUCGACUUCAAAGAAGGAGGAGGUUAUCAAUUCGUCGGAAUAUUUUUUAUUUUAUUUUUUUUUUUUGUUAUGUAAGUUACCACACAACUUUGGCCUACGUUAACCGAUUGCUAAAAUUCUUUUUUUGAAGGAAAGAUGAAACCUCAGAGGUGGCCCCAUAUUAAUUUGGUUUAGAUCCGAUCAAUGGAUCAUGAAGAAAUUAAG